AUGUCGCUCUCGCUCAAGAAUUUCAUGGCUUUGAUAUAUAUCAUUGCAGGUACUCUUCAUUUCAUUAAUCCAAACUUUUAUCUUCCGAUCAUGCCACGUUACUUACCGUAUCACCUUGAACUUAUAUAUCUAUCCGGUGUAGCUGAAAUUAUAUGUGGUUUGAUGUUAUUCUUUGAAUCAACACGUCGGUUAGGUGCUUGGCUGACCAUUGCUCUACUAAUCGCUGUUUCGCCAGCGAAUAUUCAAAUGGCACAAGACUUUUGGGCGAACAAUCAUUCAUAUAAAUAUAUGGCAUUAGUUCGUCUUCCAUUGCAAUUAGUUUUAAUUUGGUGGGCAUAUCAAUACACGAAACCGAGAGUCCAUUCGAAAUCACAUUAA